AGCCUAACCCAAAAUCUUUCAAACCACACCUAAAGCCUUUGCUCACUCGUUUACAUAAUUUUUCAGCAGCUAUAUUAUUUCAUAAAACCACAACUAUGGCAGAAGAGAAGCACCACCACCUCUUCCACCACCACAAGGAAGGCCAGGAAGCUGUUGACUGCAGAAAGGAGGAGAAGCACCACAAGCAUCUUGGGCAACUGGGCAAGCUAGGUGCUGCUGCUGCUGGCACUUACGCCUUGCAUGAGAAGCAUGCGGCAAAGAAAGAUCCAGAGCAUGCCCAUGGGCACAAGAUAAAAGAGGAGGUAGCUGCAGCGGCUGCAAUAGGAGCUGGGGGAUUUGCCUUCCAUGAGCAUCAUGAGAAGAAAGAAGCCAAGAAAAAGAAUGAAGAAGGUCAUGGAAAGAAGCACCACAAUCACUUUUAACUCCAUACGUGUGUAUUUAUGUGUUCAUGUUUUUUUAAUUAUCUAUCAGUUGGAUCGAGUUGGGUGUGAAAGCUUUUCCAUUGCCUGUUCAUCUCUGUAACAGUUGCAUGUUAAUUAUAAGCUUUUAUGUAUGUAUGCUCUUAUAUAUUAAAUAUUAUUGAAAGUUAGUUUCA